UAUAAUUAUAAUAUAGACUUAAUAUAGAUCUAGGAGUACACUGGACUGGACCUGUAGUGACACUGUACUAUUCUGUAGUGAUAAAUAAUUGAUUGAUCACUUGGACACUUCAAAUGGAGUUUUAAUUAGAUUCUACUUAAGUGACUUAAGACACUUAAUUUCAGAAAGAAUUAAGCUUCACAAUGUUUCUUCUGGUCAAAGAUAGUUUUGAGCUCAAUACUCCAUUAGGGAAAAGAGAAAUCCAGUUAUUAGCUGGAGAUAUUACCAAACUACAAAGCAAUGAAAAAGUGGACAUUGUCCUUACAUCAGCAUAUUAUGGGGACUAUGCUCCGAUAGUUACAACUCUUAUUGGAAAUUUAAAGGAUAAUUUAAACAUCAGUGUUCAUGACCUGGCUGAGGAUAAGGAUGUUGACCUGCGCUCACAGUUUUCCUGUUGGGUUUCCAAACCAUUGCCAUCUCAUUUACCAUACCACAGACUUGUUUGCUUUGAGUACAUAAGGUGGUCAAGCAGUUUAGUUGAUCAAAUAUCCAACAUGUUUCGAGCGAUGAUGCCAAUAUUUAAUAACAAAGAUACUACUGUCAUUACACCACUUUUAGCCACUGGUGGUCAGGGACACUCUUCCCUGAAAGUCUUGUCAGGGAUGUUCCAUGCAGCCUGUGAGUGGAUUAGGGCUGGCUUGCCAUUGAAAUGUUUAAAGCUUGUGGUGUAUUCAGCCAACCCAAGCAAACCAACCAGCAUGGUCUUGGAAUGUAUGAAACUGUUCACAAAACUCAAGAGUAAAUGGCAAGAGCUAGAGAACAUGGACAGCAUAGCAGAAUUAGAGGGUGGUCCAUACGAUGUUUGCUUGUCUUGGGCCCCAGAGAACAGAGACUGGGUAGGUAAAGUUUGUCACCAGCUACUUCAAGAAAAUUCCAAGUUGAAAAUUUAUUCAGAUGAGUUUAUUUUCAACCAUGAAGAUGUUUGGCAGAAGCACAUUUUUCACAUUAUGAAAAACUCUAAAAGGAUUAUUGUGUUAUUGACACCAUCCUAUAUCACCAACUCAGAGUGCCUAGAACAGUUCAGUAUUGCUCUGUGUUGCAACAAAUUAAAGAAAGAAGAAACUCUAGUACCAUUCUACCUGGAAACAAUUGAUUCAAUUCCUAGUUAUAUGAUAUUAGUACAGUACAUUGAUUGUAGAGUUCGAAAAGCAGACCAGACACAAGAUGUACUUUUACAGCAGGCAAGUUCCAAAGUUUUAAAGCCUUCAGAGAACAGUGUUUCAGAGUCAUUGUUGUUUGGCUCUUGGACACAGGACAAGGACAAUGAUGUCAUGGAUGGGAAUAGAAAUAUAACAUAUGACAUCUUUGUGUCCUACUCUCACAGUCAUGGGCAGCAGCCCAAAGAGUUGGUGGAAAUACUACAGAGAAACCAUCCAGAGAUGUCUAUUUUCUUUGAUGUCAGUGAGUUGAAGGCUGGAAAUUUGUGGCAACAAGUAUUGUAUGAAGCAGUAGGAAAAGCUCAUUGCAUUGUGGCAUUUAUCUCCCCUGCUUACCUGACUUCUUCAGUCUGUCAAGAAGAGUUUAACAUAGGUCUGGGCAGACAUUUUGUUCAGGACUCUGUGCUUGUUGUACCAGUCUAUGAUGCAGAUGUGGAACUAAUACAUCCCAGCCAGUCCUCUGUGCCAGUAGUUGACAUAAGGAAUGAAAGUCUGGAUAUUUUGGCUACAAAACUUGUACAGCUGGUGAAACUGAGAAAAAACAAUAAGUCAAUUGCUGAUAUAGAUAUGUUGAAAAAAGAAAUGGAAUGUAAAAGAUCUUUAGAAUUUAAAGACAAAUUUAAACUUGAAGGUGGCCAUGUUGUCAAAAACGUAUCUGCUCAAUCAGGAGACAUGCAAGGUAAUGUAGUGUUCAGCUAUGCUCCAGAAAUGGUUUGUCUUGCAGCCAUUAUGUCGGCAAUAAUGAAGAGGCAUGCUCCCCAGUUGUCCUUUCAUCUUCUGGCAUCCAGCCAAACUCAGCGCAGAAUGCAUCUGGAUACGGCGGAUCUUGUGGUGGUUUUCAUUUCUGAUCAGUAUUUGUCCUCACCAUACCUUGUUGAAGAGCUCCACACGGUGCUAUGCAGGCAGAGAACUGUGAAGGACAGCACAAUUCUAUACUUGAUACAGUGCAAUCAUAAACUACCAGAACCUGUCUAUCUGCAUCUUCUUCCAUACAACAUCAGCCUUGAUGAUCAUUUUUGGCGCAGGUUGAAGGGUGCCAGUUCUAAUAAGAACCCCAAAUAUGAAAUCGACAUUGAUGGAAUGGCAGGGAUCUACAGAUGUACCCCAGACCAGAACCUAGGUCUGACUGCAGCAGCACAUGAGGCCAUCUUUACACUUUCUAUCAAGGGUCAGGGAUCAACAUUUCCAUUCAGUAUAGAGAAUAUUUAUAGACUGCAAAAAGAAGCACAAAAAAUAUCAGAUGACAUGAUUCCCUUAAAAGAUCAUCUUGUGACACUGUCAUCAUUUUGUCAUGAUAUUGUAAAGAAAUUUGGACAGACUGCAUUAUUUGGUAUGGAGCAAACUAGUACAAACUUCACUGAGCUAACAAAAUCAAGUGAUCAGCCUGUGGACCAGACACUUGAGGAAUUAGAGAAUUCAAAACAUGGAGAUGACCAUGACGAGCAGACGUGUGAUGAGCAGACGUGUGAUGAGCAGACGUGUGACAAGAUUGGGGAAAAUACAAUCCAAGAGGCUGAUGAGUCAACAGAUCAUUCCAUUAGACCACCUAUUUCAGUAGCUGAAUCUGAUGAUGUAUGCAUAGAUGAUACUACUGCUGUCAAGAAGAAAUCAAUGACUUGCUCCAUUUUGUGAUUAGAUACACAAUUUUUAUUUAUUAUUAUUACAUAUUUCUCUUCUUCUGGCUAAAUGUACUAGUAGACACACAAACAAAAACAAUGCAAAAAACUUGACAAUUCAACUUUCAUCUUCAUAUAACUUUAUUGACUAUAAACUCUAUCGAUUUGUCACUGUAACAAGUAGACUGUACAAUAUCUGGCAGUUUACAGUUCACUGUACUUCGUUGCUAUUCAUCUCUUUUCAACUUGCAUGAAGCCAUAUUCUGCUCUACUUAGCUGUUCUGAGUCGAACUCAAUUCUACCGAAUCAGAGCCGGACAUGUCUUACUUCAGCUGUAAUGGCUCAAGUCCACUUUAGUUUGCUGUAUAGACUUUAACGACUUUAGUCCACUCCAGUUAACUUGCAUCUAGUCAUACACAUCUUUCUUCUACUGUCUUGCACAUCUUUCUUCUACUGUCUCACACAGUAGGCAGCAGGAACAACAACUCUACUGAUGACUGACUUUUUACAUUACCUCUCUUGUUUGUAUAAAAUCUCUAAUGUUGCAGAAACACUGCUAGUACCUUUUAGAACAUCAUGUGAUGACACGUCACAUCCUGCCUUUGUUUAUACAUGUACAUUCCAGAGAACACUCACUGAUGUAUCAGCUGCGAGGUCACAUGAAGUGACCUCUACCUGUCACUGUUUACUUGUAGCAUUAUUUUUAAAAAUUAAUUUUUUACUUGUUUCUUAACAGAAAUGUAUGGAUGAUUAUGGCAGUGCCAAAUUAUCCCAGUUAUUUGUUGAAAGCCAUUUAUUUUCUAGUUCAUUUGUCAAUGUAUUCAGAUGAUUAUUGGACACUUAAUAGUCCAUAGUAUUCACUAUUGAUCAUCUUCGAUUUAAUUUUUUUUUUUAAAUAUAUGUUUUUGCCCAAAAAUCAUAUUGCUUAUAAACAUCCUACAAUUGCGUUGUGUUAUCUGGUAAUUCUAUUUACCAGAUUGAAUUGUAAAAAUUUAUGUCUUUUUGUAGCUUCAUUGUAUAUAAAUUAUACAUUAUUUCAACUUUAAAUCAAUGUUUGUUAAAUAUGGCAGCUUAUGUUACAUGGUAUGUGAUAGUGAUUGGUUGUUAACCUUUACUCUAAUUAAUGUAGAGGUACCUCUACACACUAUAGUCAUGACUAACAAGAACAAAAAAUUGUGGGAUUUUUUUGAAAACUGGCUGGUAGCAGAUGAAUCAAGAACUAUUUACUGGUUUCAUCUGUUGUUCUAAGCUGCAAUAAUUUUUUUUAUACGAUGUUAUAAAUUAAAACAAUAGAGAAAGUAUGUAGUAAUUGAAUUAUAUUUUGUUGCCACAAUUAUAGGAUCACAUUAGAAAUUCUGAAAACAAUUACAUAUAAUAUAAUAUAUAUAAAAUAUAAUAAUAAUAUAUAUUAAUUAUAGAUGCUAUAAAGUGUUGAUAUAAUAUUUGUUGGCACUAAUACAGUUGUCAAGAAAUAUUGUUUGACUUUACAUAUGCCUCAUGCAUUAAGUGUUGUUCUACCUUUUGUUUUUGAUCUCAUUAAAAACAUUUGUAAGUCAAAUUUAAAAUUCAACAAAAAAGUAUAUCUAUGAUAUUUUUUGAAGUUCAAACAUUGUAAAAGAAUGCAUAUUAUCAUGAAAUCUAAUAAAGUCUGAGGAAGUCUG